GUUCUCCUUCCGCGGCACCGCGGCUGGUGCGUCCGAACCAUGGCUGCUGCUAACCCCUGGGAUCCAGCGUCCGCGUCAAACGCUGCUGGACUACUGCUGGGCCAUUUCGUAGCUUCGGGGCUGGUCACUCAGUCUCUUCCAACACAGCAGAGAACACGCUCUGGCCAGUCUGUCCACCAGCGGGCACUGCCAUUCAGGAGAUGUUAAAUAUAUCCAAGAAAUCAGCCUCUUGCUUUGUGAACUUCUCCAGAUUACAGCAGAUCACAAAUAUUCAAGCUGAAAUCUACCAGAAAAACUUGGAAAUUGAACUCUUAAGACUAGAAAAAGAUACAGCAGAUGUUGUUCAUCCUUUCUUUUUAGCUCAGAAAUGUCAUACCCUGCAAAGCAUGAGUAAUCACUUGGAAGCAGUGCUGAAAGAGAAGCGGUCCCUCAGGCAGAGACUGAUGAAACCCAUAUGCCAGGAAAACUUGCCUAUUGAAGCUAUUUAUCACAGAUACAUGGUACAUUUGCUGGAGUUGGCAGUGAAUUUCAUUGAGAAAUUAGAAACCCAUCUUGAAACAAUUAGAAAUAUCCCCCAUUUAGAUGCAAAUCUAAAGAACAUGAGCAAGGCUUUAGCAAAGAUGGAUAUUUUGGUAACCGAGACAGAAGAACUGGCAGAGAAUAUACUCAAGUGGUGGGAACAACAAAGAGAAGUUUCCUCUUGUAUCCCUAAAAUAUUAACUGAAGAAAAUUAUCUUCAUAAACAUGACAUUAUAAUGCCUCCUUUAUCUUUUAAUUCUAAAGUCCCUGUCCAAACUAUUAAUGCUAAAUGAACAUCAACUGUUUAUUUUUGCUUCCUUGUAUAUAAUCAUAAGAAGUCUAUUUCUAAUCACAUGUGACCUGGGUAUUCAUAGGCUUUGCUGCUGGCCACACUAAAAGAGCCCUCUGUAUAUUAAAGUACCAGGAUUCCAGGUUCGUUAAGACCAAACUGAAUUUUCCUUUAUUUUCUAUGUAUUUUCAUUCCACUUUUCAGUGAAACUAGUGAGGAUCAAAUACUAGUUAUGCAAGUUUAUUGGACAUGAGUGCAUUAACCAUUUCUCAGGCAACGGAGUCUCUAUUAAAUAUCUUUAACCAUGCAUAUUCCUGAAUUGGAAGAGUCUUCUUGAAUCUGAAAAUGCCUGUGCAGACCAUUCCUGUGGAAUUGCGCAAGUGUGCAGCAAAGCGUUAACGUCGCAAGUCUGACUUUGAAAGGCCUGCUUACAACGUUGGCCCUUGACUGGCAUCUGAGAACUUAGAUUUCAGGAGUGUUUCCAUCACCUUAACUGAUAAGAGUGGCUAAUUGUGUGGUUUGUGCUGAACACUUGCUUCCCUUCUGGAGGUCUAGAAUUUUGCUACAUGUUAGGCAGGAGGUGUUUACAUGACUAGUUCCAGUAAAAACCCAGGGCACUGAGUCUCCAGUGAGCUUCUCUGGUAGACAACAUUUCACAUGUGCUGUCAAUUUGUUGCUGGAGGAAUUAAGUGCAUCCUGUUUGACUCCGCUGGGAGAAGACUCGAAGCUUGUGCUUGUUCCCCUGGACUAUGCCCCAGGGGACUUUUGCCUUUUCCCUUUGCUAUUUUGCUUUGUAUCCUUUCACUCUUAACAAUUCAUAGCUAUGAGUGUGACUAUAUAUGCUGAGUCCUCCUAGCAAAUCAUUGAACUUGGAGAUGGUUUUGGGGACCUCUAUCACACUAAGCAGUUCUUGGGGGUCUUCACUGGCAGCCUGAGGUAUAGGCAGAGGAGAGAAGUAGAGCAAAGAAAAGAAAAAAGGCACAUUCUAAAAAACUUUAGAGGUUUACCUUAUAAAGUGCUCAGGUAUUUUACCUAGUCUAAGAUUAUUGUGUGUAUAAUAGGGGGUGGUAUACUGAUACUAACAACUGACUCAGAAGGUACUGAUUUGUAUCAGUAGUAUAAGUACCCCUGGUUAUUUUAUUUUCAGACUUGGGGUUCUCUUUUACUUUAAAAUGUGUACAUCAGUAUUUUUGUACUGUUGCAUUCUCUGUAUGAUAGGGGCUCACUGAUCUCAUCACACUCCUUAACACAAGAAAACUUCAUAACACAGUAAAUAUGAUGAAUAAAGUAAAUUGUUCAUAAGGAAAUAGGAUCUUUUUUUUAAAAAUCCUGGUGAAACAACCAGAAAUCAUGUUUUGAAGUCUCCUUUGCUGACUUGUGCCAAUGGCAUGUAGACAAAUGGUCAUAGUGUCUUAAAUGUCACCUAACACUUAAGCAAAGCCUUCAGUUGUAUUUCUUCAGAAAUCUGUUCAAGCUCAGCCUUGGUUUCAAAGCUUUGUCUUUGUGUGAUUUCCUAUAUUAGUUUAUAUAUGUAUGUAUAUAUCUUUCAUGUUAUAUUGAUAUGCCUGUUUUUUAUUUUUGUUUUGUAUCUUUUUCAGAAUAUUGAAGUAA